AUGAACUCGCAGUCAGGGUAUAGACUCCUCGAGGCUUUGAGGGCCGUGCCAAACCGCCACGCCCGUACCACAAUACCCGCCCUUCCCUUCAGGCCGCAAGGCACAUCAGUAUCAUUGUCCCUGCCAUUCUCCUCAAAAGCAUGCGUAUCCUCUCUUCUGCCCGCAUCAGAGGACGUCCACAUCUGCAAGAAGCGUAGAUAUUCCUCUCAGGCGGCAACUCCUUUUGGCCACGACGACAGGCGAUGGGUCGAGAAGGAGAGGGACGGACGAUACGCGGCGAGUGAAAGGCCUGCACCGCGACGCGAUGAGACACCAUCAACGAGAAGAGAUGACAGCGACGUCCAGGAGGAGGGUGGCGGCGGCAUAAUUAUCACAUCUGACAGACACAACUUCCGAGACAGACAAGGACGUCCGUGGACAAGAGAGAGUUCCUUAACAGGCCAGGCGGAGGGCGCAGGAACACGUGCUAUAGGUGUCGGCGUCGGCGUUGGUAUUGGCAGAUCGUCCUCGGCAAAGAACAAGAAGUCACGUAUUGGACUUCGUGAUCUGUCAGUGAAACCCAAGAAAAAACUCGAACCAUGGCAAGCUCAAAAAGGGGCGCUGGAGAAAAAGUUCGGGGAUGAAGGAUGGAAACCACGGAAGAAACUGUCACCUGAUGCCAUGGACGGGAUUCGUGCCUUGUAUGAAGAAGACUCUGAGCGAUGGUCAACCCCGGUUUUGGCUGAGCACUUCAAAGUCUCGCCGGAGGCUAUUCGGAGGAUAUUGAAGAGUAAAUGGAAGCCAAAAAGUGACGAGGAGGCGCAGAAGAGGAAACAGAGGUGGGCCAGAAGGCACGAUCGGAUCUGGGACCAUCAGGCAGAGCUGGGAUUGAGACCACCGAGAGAAAAGGACAGAGACGUCGAGGACCCCGACGCCUUUGACGAGGAAUUGAGAGCGAAGGAGAUGCUGAACAUGGCACGCAAAGCUUGA